UCCAUGCAUUCACUAUGCCUCAACCCCAUCAUCGGAGGAUCUUUCUUUUUACUGACUUCGUGUAGUUGACAUAACACAUGAGUUUGGCUGUCAUUGGCAGAAAAGUAACGUGAAAGGUGCUUUCAUACGAAGCAUUAUGUUACGUUAAAGCUUAAGAGUGACCUUUGGUUGUCAAAGCUUUUCAUACUUAGCCCAUCCCCACUGCAAGAGUUGUGCCAGACUUCAUAUCCUGCCUUUUAAGUUCACAGAACGCCUGAUUCAGAGAGUGUCAGAAAGCGCCAGUUGUAGACCUCACCUUAUUUCAUUUGUUUCACGUGGACCCAGUACAACCAACGCCGGAAUUAAAUUAACACUGUUAUGUAGAAUUGUUUUUGUCGCAAACUUACUAUCAUUUCAAUUGUUGGCGGCAACUCCAAUCAAAUGAAAAGCAAAUAAUUGAAACUAUCUGCCAAGUACAUUUGGGAACUGUCAGGAGUAGCAAAGGAUCACGAGAACAAAUUCACCUCACAGUUAAAACUCCGUCCGUGUUGGCUACCUUGAAAGGUCAACAAAAUGGGUACUGUUAGAGUAGAAUGGAAAUCCUGAGCCAGUAGCUGGACAAUUUUUUCUCAGUUGGUUGUAACCUUGUGUUAUAGAAAAUUUGCAUGUUGCAGUUACGUGCGCAGUGAUGGUUGAUGAGUGAUGGUGAACUGUGUAUGAACUUCGGUUCAAAUUUUGGAAACAUAACUACUCAUAAUGAUGGAAGAUUUGCAAGGAGCGGACAUUUGCCGGGUGUGCCGCUCCGAAGGCUUACCAGACCGGCCCUUAUUCCAUCCGUGCAUUUGCACUGGCAGUAUAAAAUGGAUCCACCAAGAAUGUCUUGUUCAGUGGAUGAGAUAUAGUAGGAAAGAAUACUGUGAAUUAUGUGGUCAUCGUUUCUCAUUCACUCCAAUAUAUUCCCCUGACAUGCCUCGGAGAUUGCCUCUUCGAGAUGUGGCAGGGGGCCUCCUGUCAAGUGUUGCUACUGCUGUGAAAUACUGGCUUCAUUACACAGUAGUAGCUCUUGCUUGGCUUGGUGUUGUGCCUCUCACAGCGUUCCGUAUCUAUAGAUGUCUCUUCACUGGUUCCUUUGACUCGGUCCUUACUUUACCACUUAAUAUACUCUCCACGGAAAAUAUUGCAUCUGAUGUUUUCCAUGGUUGUUUUGUAGUAACAUGCACAUUAUUUGCUUUUAUUGGGUUGGUAUGGUUACGAGAGCAAAUUCUGCAUGGUGGAGGACCGGACUGGUUGGAAAGGGAUAAUAAUAUUCCCCCACCAGCUGUUGAAGUUCCUCCUCCUCCUCAGAAUCCCCCACCACCUCCACCACUAGACAACAAUAAUAUUGUGGAAGCUGAUGCAUUAGAACAGGAAGCCCCAGUGGUUGCACCUGCGCCAGAUCUAGUGCUGCCAGAGUUGGAAGAGGUAGUGGGCCCUCAGCUUCUUAAUAACGCCCCUGGGGAAGUAGAGGAGCAUGCUGCUGGAGAUGGUGCUGAUGACAACGGUGUUGCCGGAGCUGCUGCAGACGAGGGAAAUUGGAACCCCAUCGAAUGGGACCGCGCUGCUGAGGAGCUCACGUGGGAAAGACUGUUAGGACUUGAUGGAUCACUGGUGUUCCUUGAACAUGUGUUUUGGGUCGUAUCCCUUAAUACUCUCUUCAUCCUGGUGUUUGCGUUUUGCCCAUAUCAUAUUGGCCACUUUGCUGUAAUUGGAUUUAGUCUCCGUGAACAUGCUGCUGCGUCUCAUUUUGAAGGGCUUGUAACUACACUAUGUGGAUACUGUGUCAUUGGUCUGUUUUUGGUCAUAUUACAUGCUCUGGCUUCAGUCCUUGGGCUAAGAAGAUCUCGACGAAUUCUGGGACUUUGCUAUGUAGUAGUUAAGGUGUCCCUUUUAUCUGUUGUGGAAAUUGGUGUAUUGCCUCUUAUUUGUGGUUGGUGGCUAGAUAUUUGCUCCUUGUCGAUGUUUGAUGCCACUCUCAGAGACCGUGAGUCCAGCUUCCGUGUCGCCCCAGGAACUUCAAUGUUCAUUCAUUGGCUUGUUGGAAUGGUGUAUGUGUACUACUUUGCCUCUUUCAUUUUGUUGUUACGGGAAGUUCUUCGUCCUGGCGUAUUGUGGUUUCUACGCAAUUUGAAUGAUCCUGAUUUCAGUCCUAUACAGGAAAUGAUUCAUUUACCAAUAGUGCGUCAUAUUCGACGCUUACUAGCAUCUGCUGUAAUUUUUGGAACAGCAGUACUACUUAUGUUAUGGCUUCCUGUACGUAUUCUUCGUGCUGUAUGGCCAAGUUUUCUGCCUUACACUGUCACAUUGCAGAGUGAAGCUCAAGUUAAUGAGCUAUCUCUGGAAUUACUUCUUCUGCAAGUAAUUUUGCCUGCUUUGCUGGAGCAAUCUCAUACUCGCACUUGGCUGAAAGGGCUGGUGCGUGCUUGGUGCAAGGGAGUGGCAUGGCUCUUAGACCUUCAUUCAUACCUUCUGGGCAACGAACAGCCAGAAACUCCAACUGGAGAGCAAGGAGCCCCUGCUGAACCAGCUGCCCCUGUCCAAGCAGGUGGUGGUGUUGGUGUUGGUGUUGGUGCUCCUGCUGCUGGUGCUGCUCCUCCUGGCGGUGGAGGGGGUGCAGGUGGGAUAGGGGCUGGCGGAGGGGGGGUGUUUGGAGGUGCAGCAAACCCUGGUGGAGGUGGUUUGGGAGCUGCACAUCAGGCCCUUUUACAACGCGAAGGCCCCACUGGUUUCCAACCAUACGAUCGACCUCGCUGGUUUCCUGCUCGACUUGCCGGGCUCCUUCUGGCAGUUUGUGUUACUCUUGUAUUGGCUAGCUUAACAGCUCUCACUCUCCCUGUGUGGCUUGGCCGUCGUGUAAUGGCACUUUGGCUUGUGGGAGCACCUCCGCCUUCCCCUCCUGUAGUUGCUACCGUUUCUCCUCCAUCCGGUGAUCCUUCUGCUGUCAGUGGCCGUGUUCAUGAGCUUUACACAGCAGCAUGUGGAACUUAUUUAUGCUGGCUUGCUGCACGCGCUAUAGCACUCUUACUCAGUUGGCUUCCACAGGGAAGAGCAGCCAUCACUGCUCGACUCAAACAGUGGUGUAUUGUGGGAGUAAAGUCUGCUGUUGCUUUUUCUGUCUUAUUAGGCCUUAUCCCUCUCCUCUUUGGUUUACUGCUUGAGCUGGUCGUAGUUGUGCCCUUACGAGUACCAUUAGAUCAGACCCCUGUCCUUUUUGUAUGGCAAGAUUGGGCACUGGGUGUACUAUAUACAAAAAUUGCAUGUGCUGUCACAAUGAUGGGCCCAGAAUGGGCUUUGAGGAGAAGUAUUGAGCGAGCCUAUCGUGAUGGCAUACGGAACAUGGAUUUAGCAUUUGUUCUGUGUGAUUUAGCUGCUCCUGUUGUAGUUUGCUUUGGGUUGGCAUUGGCUAUUCCCUAUGCUACUGCUCAUGGUAUUAUACCUCUGCUUGUUACUAAUCCUCACUUACGUAUUUUAAUUGCUCGGCGACUCUAUCCGUUCCUUUUACUUGUAGCCUUAGUUGGGGCAGUCGUCGUGUUUCAGGUGCGACAAUUCCGUAAAUUGUAUGAACAUAUCAAAAAUGACAAAUAUCUUGUUGGUCGGCGACUUGUCAACUACGACCAUCGAAGGCACAAAUCUCCAAGUGGGCAGCCCUCCAUUCAACACUAGCCUCAUUCUUCCUCACUUGAUGUAUUUAUAAUUUUGUUUUGUAGAUAUUUUGUAAUAACAGACUUUCAGAGGUGUAAAUUUUUCACCUUUGAAUGAAGUAUCAGGCCAGGAAUAAAAACCAUCGCAAGGAAAAUAUAUGCAUUCUUUCCAGCACUGGAGUUGUAUCUCAGUAUGGCCACAAUUUAUGAAAAUUAAAAAUUUGUAAAUGUUUUUGGUUAAGGUGUACUUUGCAUGUUUAGGGUGUUCAGUGGUUUGUGUGCCAAUGGGGAAAAAAAAUCAACCUGUAUUGUCAUUAAAAUCAUUGUUAUGUACUGCACGUAAUAGGCCAUUUAGCAAAGCCUUAAAGCUUGGAUGUUACAACUACUGCUUCAGCUCUGGAAUCUGCCUAUGUUCUGUUAGUUCUUGUAACAGUCAUGAUCCUACAAUGUGCUUUCUUGUUAUUUCUAAGUUAAAAUGUUGUUGUUGUGUUGUAAUGGUAUAUAUAUAAAUAUGGUAUUUUGUUUAAUUGUCAAUGAGGUGUGUAUAUGAAAUUUCCCAGUCCUCACUCUUAAAAUAAAAAGACUGUCAUUGUAUAAUAAAUAGUCUUGGUUUCCACUUUAUUGUAGAAGGACAUAUUGUCCUGCAUUUAGAGGUAGCUUAUUCAAAAUGCAUCAUGGACUUUACCUUCUAUGUGUAGCAUGUAAAUGUACAAAAUGUUUGAUAGUUUUAUUGCCUUGUUUACUCGUUCUGAUGGUUUGAGCCAUCUUGGGAUUUCUGUCAGGGAAUGGAAUAGAAUUCGCAAAAUCCAUAAAUGGGUCUGUAUAUUACAGUUGCAUUUGUAAACAAAGCAAAAAAAAAAAAAAAAAAGUGAAACAAAGAAAACUGAGACAACUACACCUGUUUUCUUUAUGUAAUUCAUUUACUUAUGUGUAAACAUUCCAAAACCUCCAAGUGAAUUUCAGUUUAAACUGUAUGAAAUCCUUUUAGAAGUAAUUGUAUAUUGUUAGUAAUUUUGUAAAUAUCUUGAAAAAUCAAUGUGAUGUUGAGUGUAAUUUUCCACAUAAAAAAUUAAUGACUGCAAGUGUAUCUUCCUGUCUUAACUUGCCUGACUUAUGAUUUAAAAGUUAUGCAUGGUGCUUGUAUUGAAUUCAUUAAUAGAGAAUGGCAUGUUACUGGAAAUUUAAAUUAACCUCACUCUUCUAGUUUUCAUCAAUUACAGAGAAAAGAAGGUACCUUACAGAAAAUUAUAAUUGUAGUUUCUGUCUCAAAUUUAACAGAUAUCUACUUGAUCAUCAAAGAUAAAAAGAAAGUUUUCUAAAUUUGGGAGCAAAUAAGAUAAAGUAAUAAAUAUUUCGUCCAAAUCACACUAAAAGGAUUGUUUGUUUUUGUUUUUUUUGAAACUGGACCUACACAAUCAUACAAAUUUAUUCUCUCACCUUAAAACAGGUUCAUUAUUACUCUUCAUAGAAUGUAAUUUCAUUAAAAAAAAUUUGUAUAUUUUGCUCAAGCAAAUACAUGAAAAGCUUCACCCUGAUGAAAAUGUUACUUUCCUUUCCUAAUGAAAUUCCAUUAACAAGCCUCUCGCAUAAUAGGAAAAUAAAAUUAAAAAUUCCUUUACCUGGAAUGCUGUAAAAUGAUUCAUGAUAGUUUUGCAAACAGAUCACAUUGGUUGUGGAAAAGCAUAGGAGGCUUAAAGCACAUAACCAGAAUGUAUAUUUCUUUCAGUAAGAAACUAAAUGUAAUACUAAAUGUAUUCCCAGUUUUGUAAAAUUCCUUAAAAAGUUAAUAAUUUCAUCAUAUUGUAUUACAAGAUAUAACGAACUUUAUUGCAUCAAAACUUAUUUUAUUCAUUAUUUAUGAGUAUCUUUACAUAUGGAUUCAGAAACUGUAAUGGUAAUUGGAACUUUGGCAACUUUGGAACCUGUUGUCAAAUAUUUGUAAAUUGGAAGAUCUUUCAGCGGUGUGUUUAAUUAUUUUGAGAAGAUUUAUAGAUUCCAGUUAUUUGUAUGUAGCUUACUAAAUAAUUUUGUUUCUUUUUGUAUGACUAAAUACAAUUUCUUCAUAAUUAUAUUCUUACUCCUGGCAAAGUCAACCACUCAGUUUAUAUUUCUUUUUUGACUUGGCAGAUUUAGAUUUUUUGUUAAUUAUUUAAAAAUUACAAAGGUAAUUGUAUUGAAUAUGACAACACUUUGCAUUAGGACAUAAAUGUAUUCAAAUAAUGUCAUACUCUAUUUUUAAAUGACUGGAUCUCAAUAUGCUUAUUAAUAUAUGGAUUUCUUAUAAGAAAGUUCUGCACUGCUCUCAAAUUAAACCUUUGAUGUUCUUUCUUGACAUUUUGGAGAGGUGAACCCUAUUGCUGCCUCAUACAUACAAGUUGAAAUUCUUGCAGUAUGCCAUAUGGCUUCAAACACGAUGUAAAUAUGAUUUUUUACAUCAUGGUUUCAAAAAAAAAGCAUAACCUUGAAAGCCAAACUUCAUUAAAAAAUCUUACCAAACUGCAUGCAAUAAACUCGUCUAACCAGUAACAUGAAUG